AUGGUGUUCCUUUGUGCGAACACUUGCGUGGUGCACGCUCCGGCGGCCAUUGUCGCUCAGGAGAGGUCACAUGUACUCUUGUUACUUGAAGAGGUGGUGGAUUUCGGCAAGUUGUCUGCCGUCCAGUUCGUCCCCAGGGGUCUUAUCCGACUCACGUUUAAGGACCCUGCGGAUAAAGAUCGUUUAGUUAAUCAGGGGUCGGUUAUGUUAGACAAUGUUGAAUGUAGUGUCACCCCCUCAGACCAGGCUAUCACCUUGGUGUAUGUAUACCAUUAUCCGGCUGAGGGGGAUAAUGUUCUCCUAUGUGAGGAAUUCCGCCGUUAUGGGAAAAUAGUUUCCGUUAAGCACCAGCAUUUUUCCGGUAGACCUAAUCUCCUAACGGAGUCUCGUAUAUUGACAAUGUCCCUGUCCAAAACAAUUCCGGCCGAAGUAUUUGUUGAUGCGUACCCCACCCGUUUCUGGUACAGUGGCAUGCAGCCAUUUUGCCAAAUAUGCAAGACUAGGGGGCAUAAAGCCGCCGACCGUGAAUACAACGGAAAAUGCAGAGAAUGUGGUGCUGCUGACCAUCUGGCUCGUGCUUGCCCGUCCCGCCGGGGUGGGCGUGUUUGGGGAACUGAUUCUGUUCCGGCCAGUGCUGCUCCCCCGGUGGAUGCUGAGUCUUUCCCUCCCAUUGUGGCUCCUCCCGUUGUGGCCGAGGUCGAGGUGACCCCUGGUCCCUCGGGCGUUCUUCCCGUGGAUACGGGGAAUGCCGGUGUCUCCGAAACUGUUUUGGCAGUAAAUAGUAUGGAUGUUAGUGAUGUUGUUAAUGUAAUUGCUGAAAAUAGCCAUGUUACUACUGUGGCGCCUCCCAUUGUGUCCGAGGUCGAGGUGACCCCUGUUCUAUCGGGCGUUUCUCUCCUGUGCGCGGAUGAUAGUAUGCAUGUUGGCGUUGUUGAAAAUGUAACUGUAGAAAAUAGUAAUGUUAGUAUUGAAAAUGUAAUUGUAGACAAUAAUAAUACUAGUACUGAAAAUGUAAUUAAAACUAAUGUUAGUGAUUCGGUUUGCAACCGUUAAAGAUAAUGUAGUAAGUGAAAAUGUUAAUUCUAGUACCCAAAUUACCCAAGAAAUUAGUGAAUUUAGCAGUCAGGAGUCUGGGGGUAUGGAGUGUUGCGACUCCCCAGAUAUUUAGAGCUUCUCUUCCUCUGCCGAAGCAUCUGAUUCCCUUGACCAUUUUCUGUCGGUCACCCGUAAGCGCUCCGGAAAGGCGCCGAAGCGGGCGAUAAUUCCAUCCGCCGCCGUGGCUGCGGCGUCCAUCGUGAAGCGGUCUAAGGCGGUCCCUGGGGCCGGUAUUCAGAAAAAGAAGGGGAAGUAGUCUCCCUCUUUUCUUUCCCAGAUGAUUUCCCUUAUUAGUUUAUACAUGGCUCUGUCUAUCUUUAUACUAAAUUGCAAUGGCAUCAGGGACCCGUCCAAGAGGUCGGGUCUCUUGCAUUGGGUUCGUUCUCUUCCCGUGAAGCCUGAUAUUAUCUGCCCCCAAGAGGUACAUUGUUCCUCCGUGCAGGAGUGCUCUUCGUGGUUUCUGUCCUAUGGGUUCGGUGUUGCGUGUUCCCCGGGUUCUGUGCGUUCCUCUGGUUGUGUUAUUCUCUUUCGCCCCUCCUUGUCUCUAUCGAGCUCUUGGUGCGACACGGAUGGGCGUUAUCAUCAGUGUGAGUUUUCUUUUCGGGAUCAGUCCUUUCGUGUUUGCUGUUUGUAUGUUCCAAAUCGUAAUCCUGCCCGGAUUCAAUUCCUUGAUGAUCUCCAUGCGAAAAUCGACCCUUCUGUUCUCUCUCUGCUGUGUGGAGACUUUAACACGGUUUUCGACAGAGCUUUGGAUAGGCGAGGCUUAGAUCCGUCUGACUCAUCUCGCGAGAGUACUUCUGCCCUUCGUGGCCUCUUCGACGCGUGUUGUGUAGUUGACAUUUUCAGGUAUCUGCACCCGUCGACGCCCGGGUUCACGUGGACCAAGUGGAAUGGUGCCCUCGCUUUGCGCAUCGACCUUGUCGGCAUUCCUUUUCUGUGGGUCUCCUCCGUCUCGGCCUGCUCUGUGGUGCCCUGUCCUUUUUCAGACCAUUGCGGGGUCCAGGUCUCUGUCGCGGUCCCUGAUAUCAUUCUCCCCGGUCCAGGUCUGUGGAAACUCAAUACCGCCAUCUUGAAAGACGAUGAGUACGUCCGUCUGGUUUCCGACCUCUGGCAGGCCUGGCGCGGUUCCAUGAAUAAUUUUUCCAAUAUAGCAAAGUGGUAA